AUGUCGACCAGGCAGACGCUGCCUGUUCGUGCUGCGGGCGGCGGUGAGUCUUCGUCCACGGCUGCGACGUUCUCCCCUGCGCCCUUCUCGGAGUCUGUACUCUCACAUUUGAUAUCGGCCCACAAGAGCUUGCCUGAGGAUCAACGGUCUCAAGAUGGUCACAAUUUUCCUGAUGAGGCCUCGUUCCUCACUUAUAUGGCCUCGGAUAAGUCAACUGCCAUGUCUGCCCCAACUGGCAAUGAUUUGAGCUAUCCUCUUUCUGCCUACUACAUCAGCUCGAGCCACAAUACAUAUCUCUCGGGCCAUCAGCUCUAUGGCGACGCAAGCACCGACGCCUACACAAAUGUGCUCAAUCGGGGGUGUAGGUGCCUGGAAAUAGAUGUGUGGGAUGGUGGCAGUGAUUCGGACACCAGCAGCUCCGAGGAAGAGGACGAGCAAGGCUAUUCAAGAGAUGGGAGAGAUCGAUCUGACUCUAAACCUUCUCGGUGGAACAGAGUCAAAGCUCGAGCGGCGAGAAUGCGCUCUCGUUCUCGUUCAGGAUCUCUGGCCAACGGUGGUCAGCCUCCCAUCCCUGCCGCCCCUGUCCCGACCAGCCCAGUUCAGACCCAGUCCGAUGGCUCUGCUCCGCUUCGACAAUUCGAAACGUCCUCUACCUUGAAUCCGAAUUACCUAUCCCCACAACCCUCACCCUCGCUCCCUUCCAAAGCCGAGCCUCGAGUCCUUCAUGGCUACACUUUGACCCAUUCCGUCACGUUCCGCUCCGUCUGUGACGCCAUCAAAAAAUCGGCCUUCGUGAGUACAAAGUUACCUCUGAUUGUGUCCCUCGAGGUCCAUGCUUCACUCGCACAGCAGGAGGUCAUGGUCGAGAUCAUGCGAGACACUUGGGCAGAGCACCUGGUGGACAUUACCAAAGUGUCAGAUGCGUUGGCUCUCCCUUCACCCGAGGCGGUGAGGGGAAAGAUAUUAAUCAAAGUCAAAUGGUCACCGAACACGGAGACGGGCGAAUCCAACAAUCCAGUCGAGCAUGUCAUAUCGACAUCCACUGACGGAACCACUGAAGACGGAAUAGCGACCUCGCCAGAAAAGAAGAAGAAGGCAUCCAAGGUCCUCACUGCACUCUCUGAACUCGGCAUCUACACUCGGGCAUAUACAUUCAAGCACUUUUCGCAGCCGGAAGCCUCUAUACCCACACAUGUCUUUAGUCUGUCGGAAAACAAGGUACAUACCAUGCACGCGGAUCCAUCCUAUGGCCCGGCGUUGUUUGACCACAACAAGCACUAUCUCAUGCGGGUGUUUCCUAAAGGAACCAGGAUCAACAGCUCCAAUGUUGAUCCCACCUUUCACUGGCGGCAGGGUGCACAAAUGGUAGCUUUGAACUGGCAGAAAAUGGACAAAGGUAUGAUGCUCAACGAAGGUAUGUUUGCCGGAUCUGGAGGUUGGGUUCUCAAGCCAGAAGGCUAUCGCUGCAACGAAGUCAACAAAUCUGAAGAUGCAAACGCGGCGGUCCUGCCCAGAAAGCAACAGCUAGACCUUGAAAUUACUCUGCUUGCGGCGCAAAGAUUGCCAGUACCAGUCGACAAGGAUAGCUCGCAUGGUCCUAAAAUGAAGCCGUACGUCAAGUUUCAAUUGCACGUCGACACCCACGGUCCACCCGGGCAGGGUAGAAGUGCCAAUGAUGCGAGCAACGCGAAAGUCGAAACAGACAUCUAUGGCGGUGAAGAAGUCGACGAAAGCUUCUACAAACGUAGGUCUGCUACGUACCGAACAGACUCUCCCGAUCUUGGCGGCGAAAAAGUGAGCUGGAUGAACGUCCCGGACGUGGUUGAUCAAUUGAGCUUUUUCAGACUCAAGGUCAAAGACGACCGUUCGAUUGGCAAAGACCAUUUGCUCGCAUGGGCCUGUAUUCGGCUUGACCGCCUUCAAUCCGGUUAUCGGAUUAUUCAUUUGCUCGAUUCCACGGGGAUGCCGUCGGUGGGCGCAAUGCUUGUCCAUAUAUCCAAACGUCUCACUUGA